UAAACCAAACAUGGCUAUGGUUAGUGCAAGUAGAUCUCUUUUUAUUUCUUUUCUAUUAGCUUCUCUAAUCCUUGUUUCCUCUGAGAGAGUAGCAAGGCCUCCUGCUGUGAGGGGACUUGACUAUGAUUUCUAUCGGUUGUCAUGUCCUAGGAUUGAAAGGAUUGUAAGGAAACAUCUUGAAGAUGUUUUUGAAAAGGAUAGUGGUCAAGCUCCUGGCAUACUCAGACUCUUUUUCCAUGAUUGCUUUUCUCAGGGAUGCGAUGCGUCUAUUUUGUUGAAUGGUGUUGAUGGAGAAGAUGACGAAAAACAACAUGAUGCCAACUUCGCUUUAAGGGAGGAGGCUCUUCAAACCAUUGAAAACAUUCGUGCUAUAGUCCGUAAGCAGUGUCCACGGGUUGUCUCGUGCGCAGAUAUCCUCGUCAUUGCUGCACGCGAAGCUGUUCGCCAAUUUGGAGGCCCAGAUAUUGACGUGCCAUUGGGAAGAAAAGACAGCCUAAACUUCAGUGUAAACUCACCAGAUAAUCUCCCGGUACCAUUUGCACGAACAGAUGAACUAUUAACCGUUUUCGGAUCAAAAAAAUUCGAUGCAACCGAUGUAGUUGCUCUAUCCGGUGCUCACACUUUCGGUCAAGCUCAUUGUCCUACAAUGUUCAACCGAGUCAUUGAUUCCGACCCACCAAUCGAACCAAAUUUCAAGAAACAACUUGAAGCAACAUGUCCGAAUGAGGAAUCCCUCAACGCCGUUAAUUUGGAUGUUCGAACACCAAACACAUUCGAUAAUAUGUACUACAUUAACCUCUUGAAUCACCAGGGUGUAUUUACAUCUGAUCAAGAUUUGGCAAGUCAUCCUAAGACUAAGGAGAUUGUUAACCUCUUUGCUUCAAACCAGAAAGAGUUUUUUAACAAAUUUGCUAAUGCUUUUGUUAAGGUAAGUCAAUUGGAUGUUUUGACCGGAAAUCAAGGAGAAAUUCGUAAGUCAUGUUUUGCUCCAAAUAAUAGGAAAUCUAAGGUGGCAACUGUGGUGGAAGAGGUCGUGGAAAUUGUAGCAAACAUGUAGAUUAAUUAUAAAAUUGUCAUGUCAUCGUCAUUUCACGAGGUGCCAACCUAGUUGGGAUAUCGUUGUUUCCUCUUGAUGCAUGUCCACAUUCCUGGCUUACCUAAAAAAUUAAUAAUAAUUUUUCCAAUCCCAUUGAGAAAAACUACUGGCUUAAGUAGGUAAUUAGGGUCGCUUAAGAGAGAGUACUAUUGUUUGUGUUGUUAUAAGUUCUGAUGUAUGUAAUGUGUAAUAAGUGGCUAAUGAGAGUAUUGAAAGCCACAUUGUGCACACAAGUCUAU